AUGCAAGAACAACAGCCACAAGGACAAUCACAAGAACUACAGACUCAACAAUUUCAAAACGCCGAAAAUGCGUCUAUUAAUGUUGGUCGAGAAUCAAGCCACAGGCCUUCCAAUCGUCGAGGAUUUCGCGGUGGUCGAGGUGCCGCUGCUCGAUUGCGUGCAUCCUUAGCUGCUGAGGCUGACAAUGACGCUUCUACCUCGAAUGCAGAUACAAAUAUUUGUUUUAUUUGUGCUGAGAAAAUACAAUAUUACGCCGUAUCAAGUUGUAAUCAUCGAACUUGUCAUAUCUGUUGCUUGAGACUGCGAGCUCUGUAUAAAACGCAAGAUUGCACUUUUUGUAAGACCGAGCAACGUCAUGUUAUAUUUACUACUGAUCCUGAAAAACAAUACCAAGAUUAUAAGACGGGGGAAAUACCAUAUACUGAUAAAAAAUUAAAUAUCUCUUGCGAGACCGAACAAAUGCUCGAUGACUCAAUUUUCCUCCUGAAAUAUAAUUGUCCUGAUCCAGCUUGUGUAAUUACUUGUGAAGCAGGCUGGCCAGCUCUAAGGCGACAUUGCAAGCAAGUUCACAACAAACUCCUAUGUACUUUAUGUACACAAUUUAAGAAAGUAUUUGCACAUGAGCAAUCACUUUUCACAAAAAAUCAACUUGAUCGACAUUUCCGGCAAGGCGACCAAUAUGGCAAAUCGGGAUUUAAAGGACAUCCUCAAUGUGAAUUUUGUCAGACAUCGUUUUAUGGUGACGAUGAACUAUAUGAACAUUGUCGCGACAGACAUCAACAAUGUGAAAUAUGUAAAAAACGCGGCAUAAGACAUGAAUAUUAUGUGGAUUAUGACGCUUUGGCCGAACAUUUCCGACAGCAACAUUAUUUGUGUAAUGAUCCAGAAUGUUUAGCUCAAAAAGUAAUUGUAUUCGAAACGGACAUUGAUCUUAAAGCGCAUGAGGUAGAAAUUCACGGUUCUAAUUUUGCUGGUCAAAGAGCAAAACACGAAGCACGACGAAUAGAAGUAAACAUUUCAUACAGUGAUUCGCGAUUACGAACAAGGAGGCGUAGUAUAGAAAGAGAAUUACCGGCGACAUCUUCGUCAGCAUCUUUGUCAUCUUCAUAUAAUAACCAAUUUCAAUCUCAACUUCAUUCAAUUCGACAGCUUCGUCUUGAAUCUGAAGCAAAUCGUGCUCGUAAUUUACAGCUUUCGCCUUCUCGAGAAAUAUCCUCCACAGAAGAUGUUGAACAAACAAAUGAAACACAGUCUUCCACUUCGUUGUCUUCUUUAAGGAGUCUAGGCGAAACUCGUGUUGUAGAAACAAAAAAUAAAAACGAUUUUCCUGCUUUGAACCAAUCGACUGCACAGACUGCAAUAGCUAAAGGAAGUGCCCAACAAGCCGAACUUAUUCAAACUAAAACUGACUCUACUAAUCAAGCAAACAAACAUUCCUUGUACUUACUUAAUAACACUUCUAAUAAACAACAAGAAAACUCUGCUGCUGGAACGUCUAGUAGCGCUCAACUUCUUUCCCCCUUACCGCAAUCGCCUUCAAUAAAUAAUGAAAAGAAAACCGAUCAAAUCACAUCUCUUAAAGGGAAAAAUCCUGAACAACCUGCAUCUUCAAAUUCAAUAAAUCAAAUAAUGUCUGUUUCUAAAGCUCCUGCAAACCCGCCUACAAUUGAUGAUUCCAAACUAUCAAGAUUCAAAUCCCUUACUUCUGCAUACAAAAAGACAUUGAUUGAUGCCAAAGAUUUUAUCAAUGAUAUUUGGCCUCUGUUCAAUAAAAGUUCAGAAAUUGUGGGUAAAGUGGUUUCUGGACUAGCCGAUUUGUUAGAUUCAGAAAGUAGCAAGAAGGAUUUAUUGAGUGCGUGGGAAGAUCGCAAAGCAACGUUAACAAUUCACUUUCCUACUCUGGGAAGUGCAACUGAAGGGUCAAAACAACAAAAUAUUCAAGCGAAAAAGCCCGAAUCUGAAACAAAAAAGGCCAGAGUUUUGGUCAUAAAAUCUUCUACACAUCCACCAAACAGUCCUGUAUGGGAUAGAAAUCUGAAUUCUGCUCCUAAGCCUAAGAUAUCCCAUGGCAAGCACAAUACCAGUUUCCCGACAUUGGCAGCAGCUACCGUGGUAGGAAAUUCUGGAAUAAACAGUUCGACAAACAACGCUUGGAAAGGCAACCGGCCUCAAUUCAUAAGACCUGAAUCAUCAAAGGCUAGUGCAUCUGAAAGCGCUUCAUCAAGUGAACAAUCAAUUGGUUUCCGUCGAGGAAAACCAAUUACCAAUGGAAGUGAAGAUUUCCCAUCACUUAACAAAACGAAAUCAUCUACUUCAGAGAGACAAGCCGGAGAUUCGGCUCGUGAUUCUUCAGCUGAACAUCGAUUUCACCACACGCCAAUUAUUUUUGAUCCAAAUUUCAAUUCAUCACUUUCACAAUACCUUCAAUCAUGUCCUCAAUUGUUUGGAUAUAGAUUAACGGAAGUCGCGCAACAGAAGAUCUUGGCAAGGCUGUUUUCCGAGUUCUGGUCUCGAGAUAAAAAUUAUGCAAAACUGUUUUUCCCAAAUGGAUUUGGUGAAGGCUCUGAAGCAUAUAAAUUGAUUCACACUCAAAGUGACCUUGAAGUAGAGUAUUCGCCUGCUCAAAGGGGUAAAGCUUGUGGUCACAUCUUCAAAAAAGGUGAAGGCGUUUAUCGAUGCAGAAAUUGCUCUUUAGAUGCUACAUGCGUCUUUUGUUCGCGCUGUUAUCAUGCAACAAAUCAUGAGGGACACGAUAUAAGCUUUUCAAUUAAUAAUGGGCAUGGUGGGUGCUGUGACUGUGGUGAUCCAGAGGCUUGGAAAGUACCGAUUCGCUGUACUUAUCAUUCACCAGAUCCUUCAGUGGUAGAAUCAUUGGAGAGCGAGAAGAAAAGAUUUGAGGAAAAUCUUCCACAAGACCUUAUUAUCUCGAUUCAUAAUACAGUAUCGACAGUAUUUGAAUUCAUAUUGGACACUUUAUCGACGUCCCCCAAGGAAAAGACGCCACCGAGAUCAGUUGACGAGGUAAAACAAGAGGCUUUAACUACUACAUAUGCAAUAGAUAAAGAUGCAAACGAAGAUACGGAACAAGAGAAAUUGUUCGCGGUGUUACUUUGGAAUGAUGAACAUCAUUCUUUUCAUGAGGUCAUUGACCAGGUUACUGCUGCAAUUGAGUGUUCCAAUGUUGAAGCAAGACGUAUAACUGAAAGAGUCGAUUUUUAUGGUCGUGAUAUUGUUGAGAUAUCUGAAAAUAUUCAAAGACUGCUCGAGAUAGCGCGUCAGAUAUCAUCAAUUGGUCUAGCUGUUACUAUUCGUUCUGCGCGCGACACUUUUCGAGAAGAAAUGUGCGGCCUAUUGAUUGACUGGCUCAAAGAUUUAGCAACUGGGCAAAUCGGCACACAUCCUACUAUAUUAAGAGAUAUAAUUUGCAAAGAACUUACGAAAGAAUGGAAAAAAGAUCAUUCAACUUAUUAUCCACAUAACGCAUUGAGAUUAAAGAAUCAACCUGUAAAGCCGAUACAACCUUAUAUGAUUAAAGCUCAACCUCUUAUGGGUGUGCAAGACAAUAUUGAAUAUAUGAUUGAAGAUGAUGUAAUGGAAAGAAGUGAAGAAGACGAAAGUGGACAAAUUGACCAAGAUCAAUUAAGUGAUUAUAAUCAAUCUGGUGGUGAUUAUGAAAUGAUCGCAGCAGAUGAAUUGCUAGACGAAACAGAACCAAUGGACGAAGAUGAUCCUAUAAUGAUAAAACAAAAACAAAAGGCGGAUGAUUUUUUGAAAGUGCUUAGACUAGAUGUAUUAUUGACUUUGGACCAUAGACUCUGGAAAGAUGCGCGUUCUGGAUUGAGAGAUUUAUAUAUUUCCACUCUUAUUAUAAAUUCAGAAUACAAAAAAAUAUUGGGAAUCCGAUUUGUGCGAAAUUAUAUGAAGCUUGUAGAUGCUUUUCUGACACAAGAUCGGGAACCCGAACAUUCGAUCAUCCUAUUUACAGUGCAAUUAUUCACCGUCCCUACCAUCGCAACUAUAUUAGUUAAAAACUACAAUUUCCUAUCAACAAUUUUCACAAUACUACGCAACUUUUUCAUCGCAAAUCAAAUCGAUGGACUAGGAAAUAUCGAAAGUAACGCGAAACUCAAUUGCGAAUCAGAUAGCUUUAAAAAUCGGCGUUACUUUCACAUAUUUUGUGAUCUCCGUUAUAUAAUUGGAAUGGAAAGUGUACGAAAGAUUGUCUCAAGAAAUUCAGAUAAUUUACAAGAGUAUCUCGAUCUUAUUGGAUUGUUUCAAGGAAUGAAUCCUAACAUACGUGCAACACAACAACAUGUGGAAUACGAAAGCGAUAGCUGGAUGAACGCAUUUAAUGUGACGUUGCAGUUAGCAAAAAGUUGUCGCCAGUUUUCUUCAUGUUAUAUCUCAGAUACGCAGCUUUUGACCGAAGCAAUACGCAAAGUUUUGUGGAAAAUUUAUCUCUGGUCAUCGAGACGCGAUAUCAAAAGUGAAAACGAGGAGGAAAAAAUGGACGUGACAAGUGACAAUGCUCAAGAAAUAGAGACCAGUGUCAAUCGUAUUCGUGGUCAUACCCAACAAACACAUGACAUUUGGUCUUCGGUAUUGAAUUAUCCCGAUAAUAGAAAAUUGGAAUUAAGACAACAAGAAUUUCACGAAAUUAGUUUCCCCUCUAAUCCUUAUAUCCCCACAUUCAAAGUAGUAAAGUUUAACGUUGCCUCACAACCAGUGAGCUUCCAUCAUCCACUGCACUGGUUCUUGGGCGAACUAUUAGAACACAUUGAAUUAUUAAACGACGAGGCACUUGUACAACAUGGUUGGGAUAGUUUCCAAGAUAUGAUGAUGAGUUUUGAUGUGGAAAAUGAUGAAGGUAUUGAUAAAGCCAAGGAAAAGAUCCUCGAAAUUUUUGACUAUCCUUUACGUGUGUUGGUUUUGCUGGUACAAAUUCGUUCUGGAUUAUGGGUUAGAAAUGGAUUUGGUAUUCGUGGACAAUGUCUUCAUUAUCGCGAAGUCUCUCUUCGAGAAAAUACUUACGAUGAAGAUAUAUUUUUAAUUCAAACCGCUUUUAUUUUAAAUGAACCAAAUUUGAUACUUGCUACCAUUUUGGAUCGUUUUGAUAUGGUCGACUGGUUUUGUGGCAAAACUUCGCAUCAAGUAUAUGACAACCUGCAAAUGAUAUUUAUGGCCGAAGAACUUUUGACACUAUUAAUUGUAUGUGCCAGCGAACGUGGAAUUGCUGCAGGAUUGACUAAUGAACAGAAAAUCCGGCGAGAAAUAAUCCAUAGUCUCUGUCUCUCGCCACUUGCAUAUUCCGAGCUUAUUAAACGUAUUCCAGAGAGACUUCAUGAAGAGAUAUCUUUUGAUGAAAUAUUGGGACAACUUGCUACCUAUCGUAAUCCUGAUAGUCUUACUGAUCAUGGCACCUAUGAACUUCGUGACGAGUUCUAUGAUGAAGUAGAUCCAUAUUUCGUUCAUUACUCUCGUAACAAUCGAGAAGAAACGGAAGAGGCGUUAAAAAAUAGACUUAAAAAGAAAUGGGAAGCAUCUAGCAUACGUUCUUCAGCAUCCUUGAUCAUUCCCAAACUAAUUCCAAUAACAAAUGGACCUUUUGUCAGAUUAGGAAAUUUUUUGCAAGCGCGACUUAUGAAUCAAAUUAUAUUUUACGCUUUAUGGCACGUGAAAAAUGACAAGAUUAAAUCGGAUACACUUAUUGAUGAGGCAUUACAUUUAGUGAUGCUGGCUUUGAUAGAUGAAAAUAACGACAUUGCUCGAGAAAGUAAACGUAAGGGAAAACAAAAGGCCGCAUCAUCUUUAUCAUCCCAAAAUAGGAUUAAUUUGGAUGAUAAAAUAUCUGAUUUCAUGCAUUAUGCAGUUUCUGAUUAUUUUCCAGUUGAAAUUGAUUCAGCAUAUCACCCUGAAGGAAUUAACCUCCUGACUCUUUUACUUCAAUUAUCCAUCGACUCAAUAUCCAAAGAAUUUUUACCGAAAUUCGAAUUCAUCAUUAAUAACUUCGAGACAAAUGGUAGUGAGGAUGCUAAAUUGAUAAUCCGUGCACAUCGCGAAAAGCAACGCGCUGAAUUACAAGCCAGAGAAGGUAAAGAAAAAGGAUUAUCAGAUUUCGAACGUAAAAAACUUGCAGCAAAAGAAAGACAAGCGAAAAUUAUGGAACAAUUUGCAAAAGCUCAGAAAAGUUUCAUUGAAAAACACGAGGAUUUAUACGAGGAAGAUGAAGAAAUGGAUGAAGAUUGGGAGGUUGCUGCUGAGGAAGGUCAUUUAGGAGACAAAGAGAAACAAAAUACAGAGACUAUCUGGUCAUAUCCUACAGGCACGUGUAUUUUGUGUCAAGAAGAAACUAAUUUGUCAGCGCUUUAUGGAAUGCUCGGAUUGAUCCAGCCAUCCAACAUGUUGAGAAUAACUCCAUUCCAUAACAAAGAUUAUGUAAUGGAAGUAUUGGAUCUGCCAGAAAGUUUGGAUCGUAAAUAUGAACGUAAUCAACCAUUUGGUGUUGCUUCAAAAGCUUUCUCAAUGCAUGAAGAUCUACAAUAUGAAACAAGAUUGCAAAAUGAUUUGAUCAAAGGAUUUCCAAGUAAAUCGUGCAAAAAAGGAUUAUACGCGUCAACAUGUGGACACUUAAUGCAUGUUAAAUGCUUUGAAACUUAUUUCGCUUCGAUAGAGCAAAGACAUCAAUCACAAUUAGCAAGAAAUCAUCCAGAAGAAGCGACACGUAAAGAAUUUAUGUGUCCGCUUUGUAGAAGCCUUGGAAAUGCUUUACUCCCAAUCGUUUGGAAAGGGAAGAGAGAGACUUACCCUGGAAUUCUUGAAUCGAAAGUCGAUUUUGAAAAAUGGUUAAAUGAAGGGGUUGGAGACGUUAUAGAUGACUUGAGUCGAAUCCCUGAAAUCAAUGCAACGCCACUUAUUCCCGGGAUAGAUAGAAUUCGAUCUAAUCCUUCCGCCGCCGAAUUAACUAGUGGUGGCCGUUCAACAGAUGAAUUUCGUGAAAUGGGGAAUAAUGUAAACUUACCGGACAAUUCUCAGAAUACUCAAAGACGUCGGAAUAGUAGUAGUGCUGGCAGAAUUCGAGAGGUUAUUACACAGUUUGUGACAGAUAUGUGGAGAGCUCCCCCCGCCUUACCAGCAGUUUCUGAUGUUAAUAAUGCUCAAGAAAUAAAUAAUGCUCACAUGGAUCCAUCAACCCUUAGUCCUGCUGCUGUACCCGAGGAAUAUGAUCAUGAAUCGAUGCGUAGAAUAUAUGUACGUUUAUAUGAUGUAGUUCUUUUAGCCUAUCAAAGACUACCCAAUGAAUCUUCGUUUAUUGUUAAUGAUAACACAAUGAAAGGGAUCGAUAUUUUGUGGAAUCUUUAUAGCUAUACAAUUUCAUGUGUUGAAAUUAAUCAAAGAGGAAUUGACAGUUUGUCGAGCGAAGGAUUACCCGCCACAACUCUCUUAGAUGGAAUAAACACAAAAACUUUGACUCUAUUAAAGAUCAUCUCUGAAACCAUUCCUACUUACUCUGAUGUAACAUUAAAAGGAGCAUCUAGUAAGUCAAAGUUAAAGCGUAUUACCACCAGAAGACUCAGUCAACUAUUUUAUGGAUGCCUUGAAUCUCAAGGUCAACAAACUCCCAUGACAACCACCACUGGUCUCGGUGGUAAAGAUAAGUCAAUAGUAAAUUCACAUGAUUAUCCACUGCUGUUAGAAGAUUCAUUUAUAUUCCUAUCGGAACUUUGUGUAACAUCACCUGACUAUGGCAUUCAAUCUGAAGUUCAUAAUUUAAUGCAUUUAAUGUACUAUGCCGAGUUAGUCAGGAUAGUAAUAGCAGUUAGUGAUGCGGUUAUCAAUGAACAGGCAAAAGCAUGGUGUGAGGAUGCACGUCUUAAAAGGAAGUACUUCACUCAAACACAACAGCAAAGUUCAUCAAAGAAUAAACAAGAAGCAUCCAACUUACUUCGAGACUUUAUAGUAUGGACAUUGGAGCAAGUGGGAAAUAAUAAAAUAGAUAUUUCUAAUUUCUUGGGAGGCAUGGACGAGUUGGUCUUGGAAAAAAUGAUACAUUCUUUUUGUUUACCAUAUCUGAGAAAAUGUGUCAUUUUAAUGCACACAAAAUUUGGUGUGGUUUUCCCGAAAGCUGGAUUGGAAAUAUCAGAGGCUGUUGAUGAAUUCACAAGACUUUCUCAACUAUUGAGAUUACCUUCCAUCAAAGCGAUGUGUGCCACAAUGCUCAACCCCACCGAGGAAGAAUCUACGUUGGUGGUUAUUGUGAGCGGCUGGUGCAAACAUCUCAAACAACGGCGGAUCGAAGUUAAUCGCGUAAAAUCUACGCCUUUAACCUCUCAAACUAUUUCUUUUGGCAAGAGCCUUCGUAAAGUUUGUCGAAAAUGUAAAACUGUUCCAAAUGAUCCAGCUUUAUGUCUAUUAUGUGGAACUUUCUUGUGUUUUCAAAGUUAUUGUUGCUCAGAACGUGAUUCUGGGGAAUGCAAUUUGCAUGCAAGAAGUUGUGGCGGCGAUGUCGGAAUUUAUUUCCUUGUCAAAAAAUGGGUGAUCCUCUUGCUUCAUCUUAAUAAUGGCUGCUUCAUGAACCCGCCAUAUUUGGAUAAGCAUGGUGAAGUGGAUCUGGGAUUGAAACGUGGGCGACCGCAAUUUCUAAAUCUUAAGCGAUAUGAUGAAUUCCGUAAUUUGUGGCUUACUCAUGAAAUUCCAAUACGCGUAGCACGAAAGAUCGAACAGUCUUUUGACUUGGGUGGAUGGUCAACUUUUGAUUUGGGUGGAUGGACAACUAUGUAA